GUAAGAAUCAAAACAAAAUGGAAAGCACCUCUAGUCGAAACUCUUUAUCCCCAACUAAAGAUAAUCUGAACAGAAGGGGAAAUCCCAACCCAAGGAUGAAUAGCCCAGUCGCUAAGGCGGAAAUGCAAACCCAAUCAUUAAGAAGACAGGUGACUAAAUAAGCAUUCAGGAUCAAGAGGUCGGAGAGUCCAUCAUAAGCUAGUCACAGGUGGACAAGAUAGCCUGAGAAAAGUAUUCUCUGAAGAAAGAAGUAUUAAUACCGCUAAUAUGAAGUAUCCCGCAUCCAAACGUCUUGGACUCUUUAAUACUGGAGAUCUCCUUCAAGGAAAUAAAGAAUCUGAGAAAAUUUCAGAUGUCCUCAGAAGAAAUGGUGGUAACUCAAUAAUUAUUCCUGACCUCUGUCAUGAAAUCUCCUUUGAUACCCCUGAUCCUCAUCCAAAGAAUCCUUGGAAAAUGUUUGGAGAGUUAAUUUUCAAAAAGAACCUUAAUAUGAGCUAUCUGGUGAACAUUCGGAACUGUAAAUAAAAAGAUUCUAGAAUCAUUGAAGAAGCUAAAUACUCUUAAAGGCACCAUACUCAAGAAUUUUGAGGUUUACCAAAAUUAUAUAUUCAAAAUGUUUAUUAAAGGAAAGAAGUAUCAGGAAGAUAAGCACAUGCUUGCCUUCUUGGCACUUAGCAAUGACAAGCUUUAUUUCAAGUUCCUGAGACAAGCUAUUAUCAAAAAGGAUGACUUCGAAAGUCUUAUGGGUGAUAAUCUCCAGACAAUUGAGAAACACUCAAUGUUCUUCAACCAAGAAAGAUACAUCAUGCAUGAAAGGUCUUUAAUAAAUUGAAUGAAGAAGAUGGAGAAUGAUGAAUCUUUUCGUGAGAAGUUGAUCAAUGUCCAAACAAGAGCCUUAUUUCUGCCAGACUUAUCGUCGUUCCAUUCCGAAUGAAGUAAAAACAACUUAGAAAACUCCUCAAACAUCUCUAAUUCGGAGCUGCUAGAGGCAGAAGAAGGGUCUCAAGAGAUGAUCAAUGUAAAGAGCCCUCAGAAGUUAAAGCAACUGAAGAAGAUUUUGCCUAAAGAGAUGCACAAACGCCUUUCAGUAGUCGCAGGCAGUAUUGGGAAUAAAUAUCAUCAAAAGAAGUCCAUGUCAGUCCUUGUUGAUAUGCAUAAUGCCAAGAGGAAGCAUUCAAAAUUUGGUCCCGUAAAUAAGCGAGGAGCUUUAGUCAAGCUCAAAACUUCUGUAGCUGUGCACUCUCCAGAAGAAUCUGGGGAGACUAUGGUCAGAAUCUCUGAAGAUGAUUGAAUUGAAGAAGAUGAGUUCUCUGACACAUCAGGCAGUCAAUCAAAAAUUAACAAGAAAGAUUUAGCUGAUGACAAACAGCAAAAUAUUGAUAAGAAAAUUGUGAUGCGAAAGAUUCUAAAGCACAAAGCAAAGUUGAAUAAUAUCCUAGUUAAAAGGAUACAUAAUCUGAAAGCAAAGAUGCCAUGAUUAAGUCCUUUAAAAAGAGUUAAAAUGAGGGAUGCCUCUACUACCAUACCCUCAAGGAUGCCUUCUCACUCAAAGAGUGUGAAUCGGACUACAAAUAAGGCUAGAAAUAGAGUAUUAUUCGCUCCACAGAAAGACAAAUUUUCUCUAACAAGAAUUCAGAAUACCUCAGUGCAGUCGCCUGUGGUUACUCGAAAGGCGAAGAGUCCUAUGAUUUCUUUACCACAGGCAUUUAGUCAUAGCAUAAUAACCCAAUCACCGAUUAACCCUGGAGUAAAUACACCUGCGGGUAAUAAAAAGAUCAGAAGAAAAUAUGCCAAAAUCGACAUGCUAAAGGCAAAAUGUUCCAAAUUUGCUAGCUAUAAAGUCAAGUUCAGACUUGCAGAUCUUUAG